GUUGGAAUGGAUCGAUCGACACGUUCCUACCGAGUCGCGUAGUGUAUAAAAGAUUACAUUUUACCGCUGGAUGGUGUAUAGUUUGCGCUCGAAGCUAAUACGAUGAAGUUCUGCAUUGCUCUAGUGGCCGUCUGUCUCUCGGUGAUGGUCAGCGUGAAGGCUGACCAGGGCGAGGAGAUGGAGCAGGCGAAGGAAAUGCUGCGAGGAUUGGCGGCCGAGUGUAAAACUAAGGAAGGCGCUACGGAUGACGAUGUGGAAGGGUUCGUGAAUGAUAAGAUGCCCGAAUCGCGCACCCAAAAAUGUUUGGCCGGUUGUAUGCAGGAACAGUUCGGUAUCUCGAACGGGAAAGCGUUCCAGGAGGAUGGGUUCAUCGAGAUCGCAAAGAUGCUGAUGAAGGGUGACGAGAGCAAGAUCGAGCUGGCGAAGGAGAUCGCCGCGGACUGUAAGGAGGUGGCGCACGACGACCGGUGCGAGCUGGCGGUGGAGAUUAUGAAGUGUUUGAAGGAGUCGGCCGAAAAGCAUGGCAUUGACCUUAAACACUAAGGCACGAUCACACCGAUGAACAAUAAACGAUGGCUACUGAAGAGGAAUGCUAGGUUAGUAACGUACAAGCGAUCGACGCCUUGCGGGCAGAUGCACCCGUACAAAUACAAAUAGCUCUAUUCGUA